AUGCUGGCCGCGCGCGCGACAACGACGACGCGCGCGACGGUGCAGACACCGCGCGCGCCCAGCGCGGGCGCGAGUCGCGCGCGCGUCGUCGCGCGCGCGUCGUUGAAACAAUCCGCAUCCAGCUUGGUCGCGCACGCCGCGGUCGCGCUCACCGUCGCCAAUCCCGCCCUCGCCGACGCCCUCGCCGCCGUGGAUGACGUUCCGCUGACGAAAUCGCCCGCGUUCCUCGGAUUCGCGUGCGUCGCGGUGUGCUGGGGGAUCCCACAAACGCUGGGAACGGCGAUUUUGUCGCAAAAGGAAGCGAAGGGACGCGCGCUGUUGCAGAAGCGAGGCAUCGACACGUCGGACAUCGGGCAGGGUAAUUGGGGGAAGGUGCAGCGUCGUUUGCAAGAGAACGACAUAGAUUGGAAGAACGAGGAAGCUUAG